AUGGUGACAGAUGUGCCAGAGGAGGAAGAGGAGAAGGAAAAGGAGGCACUACACAUUGCGAAUGCAGCUCCAAAUAAUGCGGAAUUUGCUUCAUCUGAUGUCUUAGCGCAAUCAAAAAGCCACACAGCCUGGCCGAAGGAAUUUAAUUACAAAGAAUACAUUGCGUUGAAGCGAGGCAAAGAGCGCAAGGCUUAUUUAAUGAGCUUUGCCAGUAAAUAUGGACUUCAGAUUCCAACCACCACCACCGCAACAACAACUGCUCCUUGCCUUGAGCAUAUCAGCGACCAAAAAAACGUUGAUGAAGUCUAUGGUGGACCCAAGGACCGUAGAAGAGUGCCGGAAAAGCAGUACAUGAGGACAAAUGCAAAUAAUGCUGCAGUAGAUAUGAAAAAGACAAGAAAUAUGAAGCCAAAAUGGUCUAUACCACAAAACUUUACCUGGCCCAAGGGUAUGAAUCGAGAGGAAUUUCUUGCGAAGAAACCGGGUGAAGAGCGCAUGGCCUAUUUAGCCAAAUACAUCAGAAAAAAUAGCAUAGAAUUAGAAGAGACCACUUCGCAACUAAGUUUGCCCAUUGGCCGUCAGCCAGAUCCACAAGCACAUCCUUUUUGCAGAUGCUCUAGCUCCGAGGCGUGCGCAUCUUGCCAUAAAUGCAUGGAGUUGCACUGUGUCUGCGGAUUGACUGGCCGUCUACGUCGUGCUGUAUGUCAGGAGUCCCGAGCAUGUAAUUGCUCACUAAUGGAUCCUACCGCACGUUGCAAGCUCUGUCAUGGCUGCCGGCAGCCACAUGGUAUCAGUCAUUGUCGCUGUGUCUUACAUCAGCGACUUUUGUGGCAAAAAAGGCGCCCAGAUUCUGUUAGCGAAUUAACGACAAAAGAAGAGGACAAUGUUUGCAGUUGCUUUUUGCUUGCUCAUCGACAUGGAGGAGCUGAUGCUACACGGAAAAAGCAAGCGGACGUAGUGAGACAAAUUGAGCGUGUACGCCGAAUGAAAAGAGCCAUAGGAUUUCCAUCGAGUGAUAACUUAUAUCGAGAUAAGAAAGUCAUUAAUCUUCUCGGUGACGAAGGACUGGAAAGCGAUUAUGACGAUGGGGUGGAUGAUGGACCAUGCUCUGAAGUGUUCCAACCCAGCACUUCAAGUGUCAUUCCGCGGACAAUGACUAGACGGCUGUUGGAUACUGAAUACUGUCCAGCAUCGUAUCAUCCAUUGUUUCGUUCGGAAGGUUGCUCGUUGCUGGAGAGUAUCGAGCCGCGAAAUGGACGAAUUAGCCGUAAUGGAAACGCUGCUCUAAACAGCGAUGCGAUGCAAGGUGAAAUUUGCCGGGGAUUAGAGAACAUAGCAUUUGAGUUAGAUCGAAACGAUACAAUGCCACCUGAUGAAUUAGUGGACUAUUUGGUGUACGUGGCAAGCGUUAAAUCAGUGAACAUUGGGGAACUCAUAGGCACGUUUGACGACACGGCUGCUGUUGCGGCCAGUAUCGUUAUAGAAGAGUAUAUGACACAGCUUAUCAAAGACACUGCUAUUCAUCAACGAGCGUUGUGUCCUUUAACGGAAGCAAGUGCUCAGGCAUUCACAAGAGAAUGUAUAAUGGGUUUAAAUUGGUGCCUUUUUGAGCAACAACAUCCCUUCGUACCUUCUGAUCCAACUAACAGAUUUACAUCGCUUGUGGAAAAAGAAGAAAUGCUUAAAAACAAGUUAGCAGCUUUGAUUCAACAUGAGUUUGUAUCUACGCAGCCAAACCGCUUAAAUAAGAUAGAAGACAAAAAGUUGUCCCAAUGGAUUCGAAGUGCCAUCGAUAUACCAUCUUUCGUAUUAACCGGCACGACAGAAGCUGACGUAGCAGGACUUACCGAAAAUCUGUCAAGCGAAACGGCAGCUCUUGUUCACCAGAUUACUACAGCAAACUCAACGCAUCCAACUCGUCAGAUUCGUCUUUCGGUCAAAGCAAAUUCUAUGACUGGAAAUCCUAGUUACGACCUGCAGUUUGCAGCAAUGCUAGAAGAUGGACAUCACAUCAAAACGUCUGUUGGUGGGUUAGACAGUAAGAUCAGAGCGAAUUCGACGAUCUUCCAGCUCGAAAACGUCAUCGAGCGCCAGGAGCGAAGGAGUAAAGGAAUCCUUGUGGACCCGCUGAAGGCUCCUGGACCUCCGCCGAACCCUAGGCCUCGACCCCCACAGGAUCCAGACGAUGCUUACGGUAGUAUGUUUAGGCACGUUUGGGAGCACUUUAACGCAUGUGAUCUUCAGAAUUGGAAGGAGUCGAUGGAUAGUUUCUUGAACGUGAUUACGCCAGGGUGUACGACUGCUCGGCGAGACGCGAAGCGUCAAGGUACGGGGUCAUGGCAAAAAAAGUCAAAAAGGCAGAAGACUGUUUCGAAUUAA